CGCAGGAGGUUGAAAAGGCUGCAGGAAGGGCUCGCAGGGAAGAGAUUCGGCCGUGGCCCUGGUGAACAUCCUUGCUUACAGGCCAAAUUAUCUCUUGGGCAAAGAGUGCUGAAUGGCCUGCUGCGGCCAUUCCUGCGGCCACAGGAACCGUCCUCUGAAUGUGAAUGAAGAGGCGUUUGGAGAUCCAGAGGAUUCCUUGGACCCACCUGGAGUUGUGCUACAGGAGAGAGGAAGAAUGGAGACACAAGCCUUAGCAAGUGAGGGAAGUGGAAAAGGCCCUUCUGCUGUUCGGCCUGGGAGCUGUGGGGAGAUCUGGGCCAGAACCGGUCAGGGGAUCCUGGAGGAGGAAACCAUCCGUUCAGAAGUUUGGCCCUGGGACUUCAGGAGCUUCCGAUAUCUGGAGGCUGAGGGUCCCCGAGGACUCUGCAGCCGACUCCACUCCUUUUGCAGUCGAUGGUUGAGACCGGAAAAGCACACCAAAGCGCAGAUGCUGGACCGGGUUGUUCUGGAGCAGUUCCUGGCCCUGCUGCCCCUGCAGAUGGAGAGCUGGGUGCGGGAGUGUGGAGCAGAGAGCAGCUGCCAGGGGGUGGCCCUGGUGGAAGGCUUCCUCCUGAGCCAGGUGGAGGAGCAGAAGGAGCAAGUCGAGCUGCAGGUGAGAGACCUUCAUCUUGGAAGCCCCGAAGGGUUUGAACGGAAUAAACGAUGGGUUUGA